UGCAUCCGUAUUCAAUUGGACCCGUCACAACAAUGGAUGUCCAAGUUCCAAACCUUUUAGACGAUGCCCUCGGCGGCGGCGGGCGAGUGGUUCUCAUCGAGGAUUGCGUCGAGACUAGUGGAGCAUUCGUGCUCCACCACUUUCUCAAGCGCUCACUAUCCCCUAACUCCUCUGACGCCGUCAUUUUCCUCUCCUUUUCCCAACCCUUCUCUCACUAUGAUCGCAUCCUCCGCAAAAUGGGAUGCAACUUGGUUGUCCGGCGGGAUAAUAAGAGAUUGCUAUUCUUCGACCUGCUAAUGCUCAAUAGUUUAGGUAGAGAGGAAGAGAAAACUAGUGAAGAUUUACUUCUUUCGUUGUACGAGAAAGUUCACAAAGCAGUAGAAAUAUGUUCAUCUCCUGCCAGGAACAUUACUAUUAUAAUUGACGAUGUCUCUCUUCUGGAAGUGGCUGUUAAUUGCUUGUCAAAUAUGGUCCUUGAUUUCCUGCAUUAUUGCUACAGCUUAACAGCUGAAUUUGGUUGUUCACUUAUCACUCUUAACCACGAGGAUAUAUAUUCAAGCUUGGAUAAGUCAUCAUUAAUUUUACAAAUGGAAUACCAUGCAGAUGUAGUGAUUAAAGCUGAACCUUUAUCCACUGGUCUAGCAACCGAUGUCCAUGGACAGUUGACUGUUAUAGACAAAGGACUUGGAGGUGGCGUCUGUAACUCGGGAAAGAUUUGCAAUUUCCAGUUCAGGAUUAAGGAUAAUCAGAUCGAAUAUUUCUAUCCAGGAAGUCGAACUUGAAAGAUAUGUCCUGGAACAGAAUCAAGGUGAUAAGCAUUUAUAUCAUCAUUUGUUGAUAAAAAUGCCAAGUAAUUCAGUGCCAUGAAUCAGUUUGUUACAUGGAAGUGCAUUUCAAGUUUCCUGGAAUCAACAUUCGGAAGGGUGCGUCUCCUGUUAAAUUCUUGAGCAAGUGUGUUUUCUACAUAUUUGGGUGUUGUUUGGAAUUAAGUGGAAGUUACAACCAUCCCAUUGUGUAGUCACGAUUAAGUGAUUUUUUCUUAUUUUACCGCUUUUUUUAUAUUUAUUUAUUUAAAAAAGGAAGAUCAAAUCCA